AUAAUUUUGUAACGCAUGAAACAAAUAUAAUAAUUUUGUAACGCAUGAAACAAAUAUAAUAAUUUUGUAACUGCUGGCCUAUCUUUGAGCCUGAAUGUGCAGGGGUUCCCCAAGGCCAGAAAAAGUAUUUCAAGAGUUCCUCCAGGGCCAAAAAACUCAGAAAGGCUGCUAUAGAGUGAAGUUAACUGAAAUAGGAAAAAACAACUGGGGUUUUCUACAUUGCUCAAAAAUAGGAUGUUUAAUAAUGCCAGGAAAUAGUUGUGGUUGAAGACUGUACUACAGUCUGAACUAACUUUUUCUGUUCUUUUUCUUCUCCCUUUAUUCAGGAACUGGCAUACUGUUCUUGACUGAGAACCUCUUGGCUUCAGAUUUAACUGCUUUGUAAGCUGCAGCUUCUGGGUUAAUGAGAAGAUAACUUCAUCCAGGUUCCAAAGUGGGAACUGUGUGGUGGUAUGAGGUCUUUCUUUUACCUAGCUGAGAUACCACACCUGGAUCUGGAGAGAGCAGGCUUGCAUUUUUUUGUUGAGAGAAGUUCAGUCCCUAAGCCUCCAAGUGGGCAGAGGUGGACUUCCUUCUGAGGAAUCCAAAUCUAUGUGACAUUUUUUUUCAAGAUGGAAAAAGAGGCCCAAGAAAGGUCUGUGUCAGGAGAAAGGCCUGUUGGACCAGGAAGAGACACUAUUUCAGUACACCCUGGUGGUUCUCGAGAUCUGUUCCAGUGGGCAGUACCAAGACAGGAAGGGAUUUCCCAGUGCCUUGAAGGCCAAUGGCAAGAGUAUUUGAAAACAGUCCCAUAUCCAACCUCAGGAUGGGGGACCUCACAGUCGCCAGAUCUGACCUUGUGGGAUGACCUGGCUAUCCUUGACCAUGUGGUCGGUGCCUGCCAGUGGCCUCGAGAAGGGGUGAGCCGCCUCCUGCCCAUUCUUAGGGCUGAAGCCCAGCAGGUCUUAAGUAAUCUGGAUGCCAGAGACAAAGGGGACCAUAGGAGGAUUAAAACUACUGCCGGGAGCAGCCAUUCAAGUACUGCUGAGACCCAGCGCCAGCGCUUCCGCCACUUCCGUUAUCAGGAGGCCGAGGGACCCCGUGAGGUCUGUAGCCAGUUGUGGGAACUCUGCCACCGCUGGUUGGAACCAGAGAGUCACACGAAGGAGCAGAUCCUGGAGCUGCUGGUUUUGGAGCAGUUUCUGACAGUUCUGCCAAAGGGAAUCCAGAGCCAGGUCCUAGAAUGUGGUCCCAAGACCUGUGCUCAGGCCGUUGCCUUGGCAGAGGGGUUCCUUUUGAGCCAGCAGGAGAAUUUGCAAAGGGAGCCACAGGAGUCUGACUCAUUUCAAGAGGCAGCUAUGAAUCUCUCUGAAGGCCAGCGGGCUGUGUCAGAUGCCAGACAAAGGCUUCUUGCCAAGGAAGUCAGGAAACAUGAUAAUGGGAAGGCAAGCUUGUUAGGUUCCAAAGUCACAAACAGAGGAGCAGGGGCCAUUCAGAAUCAAGAGGUCAGAGAUGAGGGGACAGAUGGUGCUUUUUCGGGGACUCUCAAGAAGGAGAAACCCUACAUCUGUAUGGACUGUGGGAAAUGUUUUGUGAGGCCAUCAGACUUGGCAAAGCAUGACAAUAUUCACACAAGUGCCAAGCAUUUUCACUGCAUGGAGUGUGGGACAAGAUUUACUCAGUUGCCCCACCUGACUAGACAUCAGAGAAUUCACACAGGGGAAAAACCACACACAUGCACUGACUGUGGUGCAUCAUUUGCCCAGAGAGUGUCAUUGGUUAGUCAUCAGAGAGUCCACUCUGCAGAACAGCCUUACCACUGUUCUCAUUGCCCACAGUGCUUCAGCCACCAGUCAGCACUUAAAGUGCAUGAACGUAUCCACACGGGCCAGAAACCUUAUAUCUGCCUGGAAUGUGGGAAAAGGUUUGUUUCUUCUUCCACCCUCAAAAUACACAAGCGGAUCCAUACAGGAGAGAAGCCGUUUUCCUGUGCUGAUUGUGGGAAACGAUUUAUUCAACGUUCCAAUCUGAUUUCGCACCAACGGACACACUCGGGGGAGAAACCUUUUUGCUGUACGGUGUGUGGAAGAAGAUUCAGUUACCCAUCAGACCUCACCCGGCACCAGAAAAUUCACACAGGAGAAAAACCAUUUCCUUGUGAUGAGUGUGAGAGGAGAUUCACUAGGUUUUCAGAUCUCCUUAUACAUUGGAGAAUCCAUACUGGGGAGCGCCCGUAUCGCUGCCUUGAGUGUGGGAGGAGGUUCCGCCAGAAGAGUGCAUUGGUAACGCACCAGAGAAUCCACAUGAAAGAGAAGGCAGCAGAAAAUAUCAAGCCUGUAGUAUCCACACAGUCACAGGAAAAUAAUGAACUGAAAAUCAGUGAGACAGAAGAGAAGGUGUGCAUUCCAGAGGAAACACAGGAGAACGAUGCCUCAGAGACUUAGAAGGAACCAACCUGAACUUGUCUUCCUGAGUGCUGAUCCAUCACUUUCUCCUCAUCUCACAAAGGGAGAAAAUCUUUAGAGUAUUUGAAGAGGUCCUGUAUUGUUCCCUUGAUCACUCCCAUUUUCCUCCAGUGCUGAUUUUCUGAGGAACUUUGCUGGUCCUUGUCCUGGUCUUGGGACUUAGCCUGGAAUGUAGUAGAAACUGGAAUAUUCUGCCUUGGUUUUACUGCUGACAUUUAGCUGUUGUCUGACCUGAUUCAUUGGGGCAUUUGGACAAUAUGUCUUCACACUGCAGUGACUGGAAAAGAAAUUCAAGCCCUGAUUCCUUGCUUCUUCCUACUGUAUAUUCAGUUUGAAAGGAUGACAAAAGCACUGGUAAGAAGAAGGUUCUUGCUCUGCUGAUUUGUCAAGUAGGAAGAAGCAUCCUGUUCUGAUUCUUUUCAGACUAGAACCAGAGUAUAAGACUUCAGGAAAUACCAUAUUAUUGGGAUAAUCUGUGCCAUUGUAUUUUAUAAAAUGGAGAAAGAAAUAUGUCCACAAGAGAUUGUGAGGUAGGCAUCACCAUUCAAAUCCAAAAUAAAAACCUACAGGAGAGGAGAAUAUGAAGCUUUUUAUGUUUCAGAGGCAGCAUAAGAACUGCUCUGGCAAGUGCUGAGGGCAGACAUGAGGGCUCUUAUUUGGGAACUUACUUCUUAGGGGCCUCUAGUUUGGCUGUUUGUUGGAUACAAAGAAGUGAAAGAUUUAGACAUUAGCAGGAUCUACAGGGUAAUUCUUACAUAUCAAGGGCAGUGGGAGAUUAGGGAAAUAGGUCAUGCAGAAUUUUGCACAUCUUUUCACUGUAUGUUUUGUGUCUUACAUUUUGUGAACUUUGCCUUCUAGAUCACUGAGGUGAUUGGUUUAUGGAAGCAAUAGGAAUUGUGAACACUGGUUGGCAGAAAGGAUCUGGAUUCAAAUGCUCUGGAGAACUAUGACUUCACUGUGUGGCCUUUAGCAAGUUAUGCUGUCAGCCUGAAUUGUCCAUCUAUAAGUGGAGUAUAAUGAGGGCCUACUGUAUAGGCCUCUGGAAAGCUAAAAGGCAGUCAGUACACUGCAAAUGCCAUAGAAGUGUUUCAUCAUCAAGUCUGAGAUGUUCACCACCUUUCCAUAGGUGGAUAGACUAUUGCCAAUGAUCUUGCCCUGAUUGGAAAUCAGUUGCUUUGGAGUUUAGUGUAUGGAUGAAUCCUUCGUGAGAAGUAAAUCAUGCUGCAUUCAGGGGAGUUUACUCUCUAGUAAAUAUGUUCAAGAUUGCUUCCUUAAGCAGAUCUUCACAUAGCAACACAUCUCUUAAAAAUGCAGUCACACUCAGACUUAUUGAAGAAUCAGUAUAUGUCCUCAGUUGGAUUUUACUUCUUUCCUCUGUUGCAAAUUCUAAAAAGAAUUGCAGUUUUCCCUCCUUUUUCCUGCCCUCCCUCCUUUGGAGAACGGCAUUAUGCUACAGGCACAUUCUUAGCUUUAAGCUAUAUUCUCUGAGGUACUUCAUCACCCCUAUUUCUUUCUUUCCAUUGGGGUACCUUAUUCACCUUCUUUUCUCAUUGGGUUUUCUUUUGCUGUUUUCUCCUUCCUAGUUUGUGGCAUAUCUAUUUUUCAGGGGGUUGUGUGGAGAAGGGAAUGUUCAGGUCAGGAGGAUAGGUAGCACCCUUCACAAUCACAGAUUUGCUUCUAAACUGCUAGGGUGUUGGCAAAGGAGAGCUGCAGCUGUCUUAUGUUUUUGCUUAAUAGUUCAUUAUUCUGAGCUAUAAAUAGCAAUCAUAUAAUGCUGAAGAAAGAUCAUACUUCGUACUGGGCUUUGAGUAACAAGUGGUUUGUAGCACUUAUGUGAUGGGAAAACCACAUAUUUGCUAAGGUAAUACCAGUAUUAUCUGUGUGCCAGUGUGUUUAUCUUUUAAAUUAGCUGUAUCUGUUUUCUGAG